AUGGUAGCCCUUGCGCGUCAAGACUUUAGUUAUCAUGUUUCGUGCGACACAAACGGCACUGUCAAAGGCAAGUCGUCUUCCAUUGAACUCCAAAAAGGCGAACAAGGAUUUUUACAAAGGACGGGCAACAUUAUGCGCCGCAAGCGCAUUGCCCUGGCCGAUCGCAGCGGAAAUCAGCUGUACGAUGCGCAGGGCCGCGAGCGUACCUGGAACUUGCAGACACAUCGUAUUGAUGAGAGGCACAUGGUUUCUUUUGUGUUGAAGCCGUACGUGUACAUUGGCGAUGAGUCCAAUGGGGGCUCUGAGCACACGAUACCGGGACUUCCCGGUGCGCCCAAAAUGCCUGCUGGUGGGAUGAAUGCGACGUACUACUCGCGUUUGGUUGACCGCAUGCUGCUUUCCAAGCCCAACCGCUCGUAA